AUGGGAGGCGCUUCUUGUGUGACUCCGACAUGUGGCAAGAGCGGCUCCCUCGUCUGCCCGACGUGCAAAAAGCUUGGGAUUCCACCCACAAUGAGCACAUUUUGCUCGCAGCAGUGUUUUAAAGGAUAUUGGUCAUCGCAUAAAGCACUGCACAAGAUGUUUACCCAAGCUCUUGCCGAAGAACACGCCCGAUCUGAGGAAACGUCAUGUUUCGACGGCUAUGAAUUUACAGGUAAAUUGCGUCCUGGUAAGGUGUCAGAAAUGAAUGUCGUUCCCGAACACAUUCAACGUCCAGACUAUGCAGAUACGGGUAUUCCCAUAUCGGAGCAACAAGCGAGCAAGAGCAUUCCGAUUUACACGCCUGAGCAAAUCGCAGGCAUUCGUGAGGCCUGCCGUCUUGGCCGCGAAGUUUUAGAUUUUGCGGGCCAGGCACUGCGCCCAGGUGUGACUGGUGAUGAGAUUGACAAGAUUGUACAUCAAGCGUGCAUAGACCGCGGUUGCUACCCGUCACCACUUAAUUAUUAUCACUUUCCGAAGUCCGUUUGCAUCUCUGUAAAUGAAGUCAUUUGCCACGGUAUUCCUGACUCUCGUCCUUUCGAAGAUGGAGACAUUGUAAAUCUUGACGUGACAGUUUACAAAAAUGGCUACCACGGAGAUCUCAAUGACACAUAUCUAGUUGGCAACGUAGAUGAGGAUGGCGUACGUUUGGUAAAGACGGCGUUUGAAAGUCUGGCUGUUGCUUCCAAACUUGUGCGUCCUGGUACCAUGUUUCGAGAGCUCGGCAAGCACAUCGCGGCGGUAGCCAAUGCUCAAGACUUUUCAGUUGUCAAGACAUACUGUGGUCAUGGUAUAGGUUCGCUAUUUCAUUGCUCUCCUACCAUACCUCACUAUGCAAAGAAUAAGGCGAUUGGUAUUAUGAAGGCAGGCAUGAUUUUCACUAUUGAGCCUAUGAUUAACUUCGGUACGUGGCGUGAUAAAACAUGGCCGGACGAUUGGACGGCCGUGACACAGGAUGGGCAGCGGUCAGCCCAAUUUGAGCACACAUUUCUUGUGACUGAAACGGGAUACGAAAUACUAACUGCGCGCGAAAACGAGCCAAUUAUGCAAUGGGAUUAUGCAAAGGUGCACCGCCCAUGA